AUCUUGGACGCGACGUUAAACCCCAUUUCGCCUCACACAUAACAUGACAAAGUGUUGGUACAUGGGAUUAUCAUGCAUGAUUCUGCAAAACAAACCUCCAUGACAAUAAUAUUUUAGAUUAUUUUUAUGGUGCACACGUGUUUUCUUCUGCUGGUAAAUGUCAUUUUAUUAUUCAAGUAGUGGCAAUAUAACUUCUUGCCGGAUCUGCACAAAGGAACUAUCAAUUCUGGCUGGUGUAUACGGUGUGCUAUAAUAUAUGUAUAUUUACAACACAUGUCAUGUCAAGUUCACAGGUCGAGAGAUUUUGGCUUGUACAUAAGUGUGUCUCUUGUCAGCAGAAAUACACUGCACACUGUCUGAACAGUCGAGUUGCUUCAGUGUCAUGAACGACAUGGAUGUGGAUUACAGCUUCUACACCGGCAAGUCAAAGGCGUUCUCAGUCGUCGACUAUGUCCUUUUCUCUCUCACCUUGGCUGCAUCGUUAGGGAUCGGACUCGUCUUUGCCAUCAAGGACAGAAAAAAAAUGGAAUCUGAGGAGUACCUCUUAGGUGGUCGCAAGAUGUAUGCCAUCCCUGUAGCUUUGUCGUUGUUGGUGACGUUCAUGUCGGCGCUGACGUUGCUCGGGACGCCGGCCGAGAUCUACAAUUACACGACAAUGUACUGGUGGCUAUGUGCAUCGUUUGUGUUGGCGAUACUUAUGUCAGGAGUGGUGUUCAUUCCGUUCUUCUUCAAACUGGGAGUCACAAGCGUGUUUGAGUAUCUUGAGAUGAGAUUCAACAAAGCUGUCCGCAUACUAGGCGUCGUCAUGUUUCUGACUCUAACGUUGGUAUAUAUGUCCCUUGUGUUAUACGCCCCGUCGCUUGCUUUGAAUGCAGUGACAGGAAUAAACCUUUGGGGUUUAUUGGUCUCCGUGGCCCUCAUCGCUACAAUUUACACAGCUGUGGGUGGCAUGAAGGCUGUGUUGUGGACAGACACACUGCAGGCAGUAGUCAUCGCUGCCGGGUUGUUUGCGGUACUAAUUCAGGGUUCCAUCGUCAUGGGCGGCUUCCAGAACGCCUGGGACAUCGCCGCCAACAGAUCUAGGAUUUACUUCCACGAUUUCAGCGUUGAUCCCACUACUCGGCAUUCAGUAUGGACCAUCCUCAUUGGCGGAGGCUCUUUGUGGCUGAGCAACUAUGGCGUCAAUCAGGCACAAGUACAGAGGGCACUCUCCUGUCCGUCCAUCAGAAAGGCCCAGAUUGCUCUUUUCGUGAACCUGAUCGGUCUGAUCUUCAUCGUCAGCAUGUGCUGCAUGAUAGGAAUCGUCAUGUUUGCCUUCUACGCCGACUGCCAUCAUCUCCAGUUCAACAACCUCAUCACUAGUACAGAUCUGCUGUUGCCGCUGUAUGUGAUGGACAUCCUGGGACAUCUGCACGGCCUACCCGGAGUGUUCGUCUCGUGUAUCAUCAGCGGAGGUCUCAGCUCGCUGUCCUCAGGCUUCAAUGCAAUCAGUGCCGUAAUAUCCAAAGAUUUAAUCCAACCAUUCUGCUGUAGAAAAAUGUCAGACAGAGCUGUAACUAUUCUGUGCAAGAUCAUUGUGUUUGUAGUUGGAGGUCUGACGGUAGCCCUGGCGUUUGUUGUGUCACAGUUAGGGAGCGUCAUGGAGGCUACAUACAGCGUGACAAGCGUGCUCAGCGGUCCCAUGUUUGGCCUCUUCGUCUUGGGAAUGUUCUUUCCCUGGGCAAAUUCUUGGGGGGCUCUUGCUGGGGGCCUGACGUCGGUGACAUUCAUGGUCUGGAUCUGUAUCGGCGCGUACUUGAACAAAGCGUCCACUGGCGUUUUCUCAUCUUUUUCAACUGACGGCUGCAACUGGAACGUCACUACACCGUCGGCUACACUGGCAACCACUACAUCACCUUUAAAUAUCACCCGAGACGAUGCUCCACUUGGCUCAAGUGAUCCUUUCUACCCGCUGUAUGAGUUAUCGUACUUAAAUUACUCUCCCACAGCAGUGGCGGUGGUUGUAGUCGUUGGACUUGUCGUCAGCUUCAUCACAGGAAAAACCGAUCCUAAAACCAUGAACCCUCGUCUGAUCUGCCCUCUGUUUGACCGGCUCUUCCCUUGUUUGCCAGAGAUGAUACUCGGUCCUCUCAGAUGUGGGGUCAACUAUGAAGGGGAACACGACAGUGUCACGAAAUAUACACUAAAUGGUACGGAUGGGACUGUGAACACAAACAAGGCAAUAUCCGAGAGUUAUGAUGAUAACCAGAAACAAGGACAUAUCCGUGAAAAGGUGGAAUCGAAAAUCGGACGUGACAAUCCUAAUUUUAUACAAUCUUAUCUGUAAAUUUCUUCUAUUCUCGGAGCUAUGUAAAAUAUAUAAUUGUCAUAAUUGUUAAAGGGGGAGUAUGCGCCAUGGUCUGGUGUCCAAAUGGCUUUCAUAGAAUCAUAUGUGUUGGAGGUUUCUUCGAUUCUUAGUUCUCCGUAAGAGUGAGUGAGUGAGUUGGGUUUAACGCCGCUUUUAACAUUAUUCCAGUUAUAUCGCGGCGUGUCAGCUUAAUGUGGGAGGAAAGCCCGAAGUGAUACAGGACGUUUACCACUUCGGUGAA